UUGCAUCUAUAGUCAAGACAGAGGGAUAGAGAGCGAUAGUGUUCAGUGAGCUUUGUCCUUUUGAUGUAGUCCAGAACAUAAGCCUAAGGAAUGGUACUACCAAGAUAGGAGGGAAAAGAUUCCAUUAUAGCGGGAAGGUGUGGUAGCAGGCAGGUAUGGCACCUGGAGCAAGAAGCUGAGAGAUCAUCUUCUCAACCACAAGCACAAAAUAGAGAGAAUGAACAGGCGGUGACAUACAUCUAUGCUGGUUUCAUUUCCUUGCUAUUGGUAAUAGAGCAGCAGUGUACCUGGAUAUAGUUCCUGUGAUAAAACGGUGGGAGCUGGAGUCACUCAGCAGUGUCUGGAGGAGCUAGUUGGAUAGCGGUGUUGUGUUCCUUGGACUUCCUGUCUGGGAUUUCAUCAAAUUUUGUGGAUGUUCACCGCAGUCAUGACCAUGUGGGUCCCAAGCACACUCAGGAAGCAGCAGCCCAUUCAGUCUACGGCUGGGGCGGUCCCAGUUCACAAUGAGAAAGGUGAGAUUUCAAUGGAAAAAGUGAAGGUAAAACGUUAUGUGUCUGGAAAGAGACCAGAUUAUGCCCCUAUGGAGUCCUCAGAUGAAGAGGAUGAAGAAUUUCAGUUCACCAAGAAAGCUAAGGAACAAAAAGCAGAAUCUGAGGAGCAGGAAGAGGAUCCAUCCAGUAACCCCCGACUUCAGCAUUUACAGAAGCGCCAUAGUGAAGAUGUGGAAGAGAGAUUGGCUCGACACCAGAAACUAGUGGAACCUGAUGUGGUAGGAGAAAGUGACUCAGAAGUAGAAGGAGAUGCUUGGCUCAUGGAACGGGAAGGUAGCAGUGAAGAAGAGGGGGAAGAAAUUGAUGAGGAGGAAAUAGAGCGGCGCCCUGGCAUGAUGCGUCAGCGAGCAGAGGAGAGGAAAAAUGAAGAGCUGGAAGUCAUGGCAGUGGAAGAUGAAGGACGCUCUGGGGAGGAGUCGGAGUCAGAGUCAGAGUCUGAGGAGGACACCCACAGUGAAGAGGAGAUGGAGCCUCGACUUAAGCCUGUCUUCAUUCGAAAGAAGGACCGGGUGGCAGUUCAAGAGCGAGAAGCUGAAGCACUGAAACAGGAGCUGGAGCAGGAAGCAAAGCACCUGGCUGAGGCACGUCGCAAGUACACACUGAAGACUGUAGAAGAAGAGAGCAAGAAAGAGCUGGAGGAGAACAAGCGGUCUCUCGCCGCUGCCCUGGAUGGACUCAAUACUGAUGACGAAAAUGAGGAAGAACAGCAUGAGGCAUGGAAAGUCCGAGAACUCAAAAGAAUCAAGAGGGACAGAGAAGAUCUUGAAGUGCUUAAAAAGGAGAAAGCAGAGACUCAACGCAUUCGAAACCUGACUGAGGAAGAAAGGCGGGCUGACCUUCGUGCAAAUGGCACAGUCAUUACCAACAAAGCUGUCAAGGGCAAAUACAAGUUUUUACAAAAGUAUUAUCACCGGGGUGCCUUCUUCAUGGAUGAGGAUGAAGGGCUCUACAAGAGAGAUUUUAGUGCACCUACUCUUGAGGACCAUUUCAACAAAACCAUUCUUCCAAAAGUCAUGCAGGUCAAGAAUUUUGGACGGUCUGGUCGUACCAAGUACACCCACCUUGUGGAUCAAGAUACCACUUCCUUUGACUGUGCAUGGGGCCAAGAGAGUUCCCAGAACACAAAGUUCUUUACACAAAAGGCAGCUGGGAUAUGUGAUGUAUUUGAGCGACCAUCUGCUAAGAGGAGGAAAACCACCUAGGUUUCAACUGCUUAUUUCAACUGUGGGACACAA